GUGCGGUGCGGUGCCGGCGGGGCGCGGCCAUGCGGGCCGCGGGUCCCGCUCCACCGGGGCAGCGGGGCCGGCGCCGCCCGCGGGCCUCCUUCGUGGACGAGUCGCUGUUCGGCAGCCCCGCGGGGGCCCGCGCCCCGCCGCCCGCCUUCGCGCCCCCCUGGGCCGUGCCGCCGGCCCCCGGCUCCCGGCCGAGCAGCCAGCGCAGGCUGAGAGGCCACACUCCAUCCUUCUGCGACGAGUCCCUGUUCGGCCCGGCCCGCACCGCUCCUUGCAUGAGGAAGGAAGAUGUAGCCAAGCUGCAGGCGCUGCUCUGGAGCCCUCCGCCCGCCCCCCGAAGCCAGCCUGGCCUCUCCCCGUGCUGCAGGGACACCCCGGUGAGAGCUGCCCACCCCCUAGCAGCAGUGGGGGGCUCGGAGGUGGGACGAGAGAGCACAUCAUGUGUGUGGAAGCGUCCCGAGAGCGAGCCUCGCUCCGAAGGCCCCGGCGCUCCCGGCAGAGGACGAUCCCAGUCUCUGAGCUGGCUGAGCACCCCCUCGGAUGGGCCCUGCCGGCCUUUGGACACCCCCAAGGCAGAAAGGUGUAAAAACGGGGGUCCCUUGACAGCCCCCGCGGCCCUCCGAGGGCCUCCAGUGAUGAGUCGGUCACAGUGUGUGUCCGGACCUCCUUUGGCCAGGAACAACAAGGCAGCGGGUACCUGCAAGCCCCGGCCUCCCUGGAAGUGAAGCCAGAUGUCCCUCUGGAUGUAAAUGCAGCCUUGACCUACCCAAGAUCUCCUGAUGACCAAGUCCAUGAGGAUCCUGGGCCUUUCCAUGGCUGGAAAUGAAGGAUGGGGCUGCUCUGUGCAGAAGGACAACCUGGGAGCCGUGCGUGACCGCAGUGCCAGCAGGUCAGGGCACAGUCCUGCAGCACCAGAGCGGGACACCCUCGGUGGUGACAGCAGCUUCCAUUGACUGCCCCGUGGUCAUCAGAGGUGUGGUAAUGGGUCAGGUUCCUUCUGACCAGGAAGUCCAGCUGGGAAGUUGGAACAGCAGGAGACAGGACUGCCUCCAGCAUGGAGCCCAGGAGAAGGACCAGGCACAGGUAUGGGGAGGCUGCUCUGAGGCUCCCCAAAACCAUUCCUGCUCCAGGCUGAACGAGCCCCAUUCCCUCAGCCCCUGUGCACAGGACAUGUGCUCCAGCCCUGACCAUCCUGGAGGCUCUCUGCUGGCCUUGCUCCAGUUCACCAACGCUUUAAUGGUCUCUGGCAAGGAAGGAGAAGGUGAGGAAUGGCAUCACCCUGUGUCCUGCUGCUGGUGGGAUGCCCCCGAACUGGAUGGGGUUUGUGAUGGAGAAGGAUCUGCCACAGGGAUUUCAGCAGGUUCUGGUGAUGAGGACGUGCUGAGCGAACGUGUGACUCUGUGGUUUGUACUGAGGGUCAUGAGGUGCUCUCACAGCAACACCACACUCAUCACCAAAUAAAUGAUCCAAUGCAAA